GACCAUACAGGAAAUAGUUCGAUUCGUAUCACGCCUUUAUGCGAGUCCCCGCUACGAUUGCUCACACUUGAACUGCAGAGGUUAAGCGAAGGAAGUGUAUCGGAAAAGCUUAGAAAUCUGUGACGAAAAAUCACCAUUCUCGGCUGUGAAAAUGACUUACAACAUUUCAAACGAGCAAAAGAUGAAUUCAGAGAGGUUUUUAAAAUGUUCGAUGUGAACGAUAAUGGAACGGUUGGAACUGAAGAAUUGAAGAAAGUGAUGGCAAAGCUUGGACAGAAUCCCUCCGAGAAAGAAAUCCAGGAGAUGAUUAAUGAAGUUGACGAAGAUGGCUCCGGUGCAGUAGAUUUCGAUGAAUUCUGCCAGAUGAUGGCGAAACAGCUAGCAACAGCUCUCAAAGAGGAACUCAAUGAAGCGUUGAAAACAUUUAUACCUGGUGGUAGCAUCUCGGCGAAAGAAUGGAGAAAAAUACUUUGUAGUUUAUCAGAAAAAAUGUCCAACGAUGAAGUUGACGACCUCCUAAAGAUUGCCGAUAAAAGUCGACGAGGAAACAUCAAGAAUGAAGAUAUAGUGAAUGUUCUCUUUGGUUGAUUUAACAUCAAAAAAGAAGGAAGCCUUGAGCGAAGUCGCAUGGAAAGAAUUAUUUCUGUGUUUCAAACAAUUUAAAGAUAUUUGGCAUUUUUCAAUCAUAUAUUUAGAAAUCAAUGAUUGCUUUAAUGAAUAUGACAUUCAUGUUUUUUUAUAAUUAUUAGGUUAUUAUUUCAUGCUGUAUUGAUAGAAAUUAGAAAAUAAAAUUCAAAAUUAAUUGA